AUGGACACCUCGCAAAACAGCGACCUCCAAUGGAUUGCUGUGGCUAUCGGGGGAACCACUGUGGUCAACGUCUACAAGCCUCCACCAACACCCUUCACGUACCUACCAGCCUUCCAGCACCCUUGCAUUUACGCUGGUGAUUUCAAUAGUCAGCACACGGAAUGGGGAUACAAGAAGAACAGCCAGGACGGUGAAAACCUUGCCCACUGGUCGUCUAGCCUCUGUCUUACCUUGCUUUAUGACAGCAAACAACCUUGCUCCUUCACAUCUCGUCGAUGGGGAACAGGUUCAAACCCAGACCUAGCUUUCAUCACUACCAACGGUCAAGUAAACGCUGAAAGAACAGUCAUCGGCAGGUUCCCCAAUUCCCAGCAUAGACCAUCAGUGAUAACACAUCCAGCCAUCGUGAAACCUACCAUCACCUCUGACCAGCCUAGAUGGAACUUCUGCAAAGCAGAUUGGAACACCUACAAAGCAAAACUGAACAACACCACUCUUCCAGACAUUGAGAACAAGGACAUUAAUACUGCUAACUCUGCCUUUAUCAGUGCGGUCUUGGGAGCUGCGAAAGCAUCCAUACCAAGAGGUCAUCGAAAGAACUAUGUACCAGGAUGGGACGAUGCAUUCAAAGCUAAUCAUAUUGCAAAGUGUCUCAUUGAAAAUGGGAAGUUUCCUGCUCCAAAUAAGAAGUUCAUAUCUAAGGUCAACAGAGAACUCAAAGAGGCCUGGAACUGUCCCACAGCAGACCAAGACUUAUGCCAUGACUUUUUUACCGAUGAGCUAAGGACUGCCAUUCAAGCCCUUAAACUAGGGAAAGCCCCAGGACCAGACUCACUUCACCCAGAGUUCUAUGCCCAUCUUCCAGAGAAGACAGUGGAGUGGCUAAAAAUCUAUCCAAUAGUGGAUGAGGUACUCCCACAUGAGCAGGCAGGCUUCCGAAAGGGUUUCUCAACACUAGACCAGGCAGCUCGACUUACCCAAGACAUUGAAGAUGCCUUUCAACGGAAGGAAAAGGCUGGAGUGGUCCUAGUAGACCACCCUGAGCUUCAGAGAUAA